ACGCGUCCGCACGUCGCUCACUCUCCUCGCGCGAGGAAAAUCCGCUUCGUUCGAGCAGCGCGCGCCCGCACCGGCAUUCGCGCGAACGCGAGUCGCACGCGAACAGCUCGCGUGGAAAGCCCCACGUCGAUUUCUCGCGCUCCCGACGAGAGGAUCUGCGAAAGUGCGGCGUUCUCCGUGGAAAGUUGCACGAGUGACGAAAGCAGUCGGGAUUUCGAGAGUGUGUUACGACGCUUAAUUUAACAGUUUUGUGAUUAUCAACGAUUCUCUAAAUUGGAAGUGAUGAUGUUGAUUUGAGUGGACAGGUUGCUUCGACCAUCAGAAUAUCCCAUGAGAUGUGAUGAAUAAAAAAUAAGAAAUUGCACGUUUCCGUAUCGGUUUUGGAGCGAACGUAAAACGAGCGAACGUAUCUACUGAAAUAAAAAAAAAAAUAAUUUAUUAUUACUUCUAGAUAAAUUUUUCGGUAAAUAGUUUAUUGAAUUUCUCUUGUGAAUUUCUUGUGAAUUUCGCCAAAGGUUCCUUCACAAACUCAUCGACUCUCUUCGUCUGCUUGGCGCGAAAGCCAUGCGAAUUCUGAAUUCUGAGAGAAUUUGGGGAAAUCGUUUCGACGGCAGAGUACAAAGAGAAAGUGACUUCCGAUCAAGCGGAAAGAAAAUAUACAAGUGACUUAAUGAAGAUUACAAAAAAAAAAAAUAAGGGAAGAACACAAGAGAAACAUCCAUUUUGGGUUGUAUUAUCGUCGCGAAUAAAACGUACGUUUUAUUGUGAACCAGCGGAAGUCUUGGGGAGCAGCAAAUAGGAUCGUCGAGUAAUCAAGGCAGCGGUUGAAUAAAUUGGAUCGAGGAUAUUACAAGAACCGCCGAGAGACGCGCAAGGAAACUCGCCAUUAAGCCAAGGCGAGGAAGAAGUUUUCUCGCGGCGUGGAGGACGAAGAAGAAGGAGAAUAAGAAGAAGCGGAAAGGAGAUAAAUUCGCGAGGAGAAACCGCACGUUAACUCGCAUUUCGGUGGCACUUCGCGCAAAAAUUCCGAGGCGCGUAUUGCAUCCGCGAUAAAUUAUUGGGAGUUUCAUCUGGAAAAUUGAACGGAGAGGAAUGAUCGACGCCGUUUUCCCCUUUUCCAUCGCUUUACGGACCUUUUUGCCGAGGCGGAUACGCUGAGGGUUCGGGUUGGUCAGCGCGUUCGACGAAUGAAACGCGCCGCACGAAAGUGGAAAGUUAUUUCCACAGUCGAUUUCACGGACGUGUUUUCCCUCGCACGUGUAACCGUGCGAAAAGUAGACGGCGGUUUUCAUUUUUGCGGGAAAGUGACGAGAUCGCAACAGGAUGCCUCGAGACGGAAGAUGACGUAUGCGAGUAUGAAAGACAAAAGAGCCGCGCGAGACGGUCUCGUCUGCGAAACGGAAGUCCACGUCGCGAGGAACGUUAAUUAACCCAAUUUCUUCUCUCGAAGUUGCUUCAACGAAACAUGCACUGCCUCGAUGCGCUGUCUCGUCCGAUCGUUCGGCUGCAAUUAGCGCGAGAGUCGCUCCCGCGCUGAUCACAGAAAAGGGAUGAAAAUGCGAGAUGAGCCGCGAGUCGACUCGAGAAGAGAUCUACCCAGCGUCUGCACGAGAGACUCAAAACCGACGGCGUAAAAAGCGCCGUCUUAAUCAAACACAGAACUAACGAGCUUUGUAAUUUCGCCGAGUACUCCCGGUGUUUGAAGUAGCAUCAGCAUCGGCAACAGCAAGCGUGCCGAUCUGUCAUCGCUGAACGCGAGUCUUUUUAUCCGCGCAAAAGGAACAAUUCGUCGCUGAUGCGCAACGAAAGGAGUUUUAAUCCGAGCAAAAAAGCCAAUACUCCUCUUGGGUGGUCCUUGUUCGAAUCUCAGCUGCUCAGCUGUAUCUCGCUGCGAUCACCGUCUCUAUCUUUCUCUCUCAGUCUCUUCCUCCCUCUCUUUCUCUCUCUCUCUUUCUCUUUAUCGAUUCGCCAGUCGGUUCUGAUGGAUAAUAGAGCAACGAUUAUAUUGUGACAGACGCUAGAGAUAUAUGGGUGAGAGAGAAAGAGCGCGACGUAUCGUCUAAGAACGACGUCGAAUCGGAGAGGCGAAACCCGUCACUCGUUGAUAACUCGUUCGUGGGAUCGUCUCGAGAAGGCGAGAACAGGGGAACCCCGAAGUGCAUUUAUGAAAGCAUUCGUCAGAAAUGGUCAGCCAACACGCGAUGGCCACCACCGUCCGCAAAGUUAAGCAGGAGAAUCGUCUCAGACGGCAGAAUCAGAACCAAGAUGAAGAAGGGCCUUACAAGCCAGUGCCGCCGCCGAAGCCGGUGCCGAACAAUCAGAAGAGUCAGGACGGUCAGCAAGAGCAGCGGGAGCAGGCGGUAGCCGAACGGCCGUCGCGGACGACUUCCGGCCCGGAAAGAAACAACGUCGUGGAGAACGGGCAAGUUCGAGGCGCUGGGCAGCCCUUCGCCGGAAUACCGGAAUACAGGAUGCCACCCUUGUACGGGGAGGAGCAGAGUUCGAGUCAGGCUCAACAGGCGGCCAGUUUGCAGACUCACAGCAGCAAGUUCCCGAUAGAACGCGAGUUGGUCCUGUCGUCGGCGGACAAGAACUCCAAGAUUCCCAUUCUUCACGAGUACAAACAGAGGACCGCCGGAAGAGUCGCCAUCGCGCCGGAUGCGCCGAUCAAGCAACAGGCCUGGGUUCAGGAGGGAACUCAGAUGCAGGAAGUGAGACAGGACGGCCAAGCGAGAAAUUAUCAGUCACAGGACACCUACUCAUCGAGCGGGGCUGUGCCGAGGACGACGACUGUCACGACGACGAAGAUCGACGAGGAGAAGACGAAAUCGUUGUCUAGGACCUACCAUACCAUUAAGGACAUGAUCUCGAGUCGCUUCGGGCCGAGCCGCAAGGACGUCGAGCCGGAACCGGAAGCGAGUCUCAAUAACGUCACCGAGGAGCUGCGAAAAUCGAGCAGGAGCAUCGACGACGACGAGGCCAGGAAGAAGGAAGGGAUCUACGGGAAGCCGCGCGCGCAAGAGCCGUCGGUGAACACGCAGCAAUAUCCUAAAAAUGCUUACGGUCAGUACGGCCAUUCGUACGGCUAUCAAAGCGGCCAGCAAAACGUACCUCUGCCAGGCCAACUGCAGCCAACUGCGACCAUUCAGCCGAAUUUGCCAGGACAGAGCGCUCAGCUUCACGUGACCCACCACACUCCACCGGGAGGAGUUCAAACAGUUCAUCAAACCCAGGUUCCCGCUUUCGGCCAAACCGCGACAGGUGCGCAGCAGGUGCAAAACGUUACGAGGGAGUACGUGGUUCAGACACCAGGCGGAAUGACCGGCCAGCAAAUGCAUCAGGGAAUCCACCAGAAUCCCGCGCAGGGACAGGGGCAAGGUACGCAGGUGCAAAAGGCCCACGGCCUAUCCGUGCAGCAGCAUCAGGUGAGCAACACGAUGUCGCCGACGAGUCAGAGCUACCAGAGCCCGCAGCAAUUGCUUCACCAGAACCAGAACCAUCACCAAAGUCCGCGGUUCGCGCAGCAACAUGCUCAGAACAUGCAUCAGCGUCAGCUGAUCCAACAGAUGCACCAACAACAAAUGGCGGGACAGCAAGGCGCGCAAACAGCGGGCCCGCGAAGCGUGCAGCAGUCGUAUUUCGCCAACAGCGUCUCUUAUCAACAGUACCAGCAGGCCAGGCAGGCCAUGUCGAGGUCGCAGAUCGACUUGCCGAGCACGUCCCGACAGACGCAGGAGCUGCGUGUGUCGGGCCAAGAGGUUUACUACCACUACGCCCAAGGCAGACCGCGAUACGGUAUUCCCCAAGUGUACAUGAAGACCGAAAGCAAUCAGGAAGCCGAAUUUCAGAGGCGGAACUCCGCCAAGGGUAUCGAGAAGGCGGCCUCGCAACCACAGCUUUGCUACGAAGACGAGCGGAACGCCGAAACCUCCAAGAAUCCCAUAGAGAAUAUGAAGAAUCUCACUGUGGAUCCGCUGGACAAGGAGAGAUACGAGAUCACGGUGGAGGAUCGAAAUCAGGGUGAAUCCGGCAGGAACGGCUCACAGAGGAACGAGGAGUACCGGCCGGAAACUAGCUUUGGCAUUCGGAGGGAUGAGACGCGGACCUCGAAGAGGGAUCACGAGCAGAGCUCGUCAGGUCAAGAGGGAGGAGGAGGAGGAGGUCAAGACCCGUCGGAGGGGAACUCGGUGCAGAAGAGGAUCGAGGAGUUGCAGAAGCGAGCGGAGCAGGAGGGCGGCCAUUUCAGCUCCAAGUCUGCCAAGGAGGACGCGGAGGGUCUAAGGGUCGGUCUGGCCACAAAGAUGAUCGGCGAGGCAUCGAAGCGACUGGAGGCUGGACAAUAUAGCGCGAAGGAAGUCGCCGUGAAAGCGGAUAGCCGGAAAGACGACUUGGAGCAGGGUAUCGGUCGACUGAAAAUUCAGAAUCAAGGCUCGGGCUCGGAUUACGACAAGGCGGGUCAGAGUUCUUCGAAUGUCGAUUCCGGAAGGGGUUCCGCGGUUUACUCGAGCGGAAGACGCCCGCCGCCCGACGACCAGACUUUGGCGCAAGUUCAAGAUUCCGAAUGGGUCGACAUAGUGGAGUCGGAGUUGCGGAGUAUUCUGGAGCCUAGAGACGUUCCAGCGAUGGCGCAUUCCACCCUGUCCGAAAGUGUAUCCUCGGUGACACCACCUCUGCCGCCGCUGUCACCCCAUGGCAGCCCGCGUACGUCGAGAAAUCGAUACUCAACGAGUUUACCAUAUGGAUCGAAACCAAAUUACAGCGAUUAUAGCAAGGCUAUGGAGAAGAGAGGUUUCUCGGGCGGCACCAAACACCGUGGCGCGUCGACAUCCAAAAAGGAAGCCGCAAAGAAGUUUUCACACCUUUUUGGAGUGGAAACAGCCGAUUUAACAUCCACCACGACGGGCCUCGAUUUAGAUUCUAUGUUAGACAGAAGCGAUUCCGAUCUCAGUACCACCGACGCGAGAACGAUCAGAAAACAGUUGGAAGGCUUAGAAAAUAUGUACAGUGAAGUACUUAAAUUGCUGGGCGGAAGCGUGAAGAAGAGACGAAAAGCGAGAGGACUCACUAGUUACGGCUCGGUUUCGUCGUUACCGACGUCCUCCGUGUCCUCCAGGCCUGUCACAAGGCACCACGAUAAACGUAGAUCCCACGUGAUUGAUGAUAGGAUGAAGAAAGCCAAAGACAUCAAGAGCAUCAACAAGCGUUUCCAACGUUUGGAGUCGCAUGUGGUGACAUUGGCGAGAUCCGUGGCCCAUCUGAGCUCGGAGAUGAGGACCCAGCAUCUGAUGAUACAGGAAAUGGAGAGCAUAAAGUGCGAGAUUGCGGCUCUCAGGACGCAGACGAGCAUGGCAAUGGUGAGGUCGCAGUCGCAGCCUCUGAUCAAGGAUUCGGAGCUGCCGGCCCUCUCCAAUCCUUCGAGAGUGAAGAAAUUGACCAAGUUCUUCGGCACGGAGCCGCCGCUCAUCAGACUGUUCCUGAGGGAACUUGGGUAUGAGAAAUACGCAGCCGCUUUCGAGAAAGAAAAGGUCGGGAUGGUGGAGCUGCCUUACCUAAGCGAGGAGAGGCUACAGAAGAUGGGAGUUCCCCUGGGCCCGAGACUGAGAAUCCUUCAGGAAGCGAGGAUCUCGGUAUGCAAGGAUCCGAUUUACGUCGUAUAAAUCCCUCGGACAAUAUGAACGCUCGGCGACGUGAACAGAAGAGGAUCCGAGAAGAGAAAAGAAAAAAAGAAGAAGAGGUAUCCAAGUGAAAAAAAGGAGUACACAAGGAACUAAGAUCUCGCGCGGAAUUCGUUUCCUUUUGUCGACUGAUGAGCGCGUUAAAGCGCUCUUCUCCUUGAGAGAAAUCCUCGAGGCCGAAAACGAGGCCGUCCGUUCAAAAGACGACCGCCUUUUUUCCCGUUUGCACAAUCAAUAGCUACGUUCUGGAAGCUGCGUUUGCUGGAAACGCGCAAUCAUAAUAUUUCGCAACGUCUCCAACUCGGCAGAUGCGUCCGGUUAUUAUUCGACGUGACCAACAUGACAAAAAGCUCGUGCGCAAAGCUUUUUUAGACAACUUUCCGAGAAUGUGAUACGCGCGUGCAAAUAUUAAUCGCUCCGGCAUAUCAUUUUUCGUGAUCCUUGAACCAUCGUUAUCUAUGUUCGGCGUGGACAUCGUUGCGAUCAUCGCUCAAGCGUCUCGCAACGUCUGUAAAUUAGCAACAACGUUUCUCUGGCGUGGCGUAAGCGAACCGAUUACGAACGAUGCUGAAGAAACGUGAGCUUGGAAAUGAGGCAAUAUUAAGCGUCGCGCGAAUAUUAUCUUCAUUAAAAUUAAGAGAAAUAUAAAUCCGGUGACAGCCAAGCGCCGUAUGUUAGUGCAAACAAUCGAGUUAUAAGAAAGUAAUGAUGUUUCGACACGCACCGAACAUUUUCCUGUCUUUACAACGUACGCGCUAAAUCAAACUCUUCACGUCCAACUCGAUCCUGAAUCCCAAUUAUUAUAUUUUAAUUAAUUCUUACAAUCUCACUUAUGUAUGUAGUUGAUUUCUAUUAAAGUCGCGAAAAACACGUGGCCAAUGGAGAGAUCCGAGUUCAACUCUUGGCUGAGACAGUAUUUCUCGUAAUUUCAAUAUCAAUUCAAUAUCAAUUUCAAUAUCAAUUCAAUAUCAAUUUCAAUCAAUUAAAUGUGCAUAACUGAGACUUUAAAAAGGGAGGAAUUAGUGAAAACGUAGUAAUUAAAAUUAAACCUUUAAGGUCGAGUUUGAUGUGAAAAGUUUGAUUCACCACGUACAUUUUAAAGACUAAAAUAAUGUUUAUUUACACUGCAAAAUAAUAUUACCCUGCCACGAUUUAAUUAUUCGCGCUAACAUCCAGAGCGUACAAUAUAACACGCUUUUACCGGCGUUACAUUUCUCAUAACUUGGUUGUAUUCAGAGUUUCGACACAUAGAUUAUCUUCAUUCACAUCGAAGAAAUUUACAGUUUCCACGAUCGUUGUCGUGUGUGAAAGCAACGACGACAGAAUAAAUCUACCUACUUUGCGGGAGAUCUGCCUACUUUGGCAGGAGGAUUCGUAGAAACGGGUCGUGAGAAUCCGAAGGUAUCGGGGUCCAAUCAAAAUGUAAAUCCUACAAGUUCUAGUAUACCUGUUUGCUCGACUAUAUUUAUGCAAGGAGAGACAAGCGGAAACAAUACAACGAUAACCCGGCCGAGAGCGGCUACGCGAGAACCUCGAGUUUUCCGCUCGCGCGCGCGCGUCCACCGUUAGCUAAGUAUAAUAAGAUAUUAGUGUGUAGAUUUAGAUUACACGCGUGCGAACUAAACGCUGAUAACGCGGCUCUAUCCGCGAUGGGCGAUGAUAAUUCGUGGCGCUGAGGAAAUCGGCGAUCGGAGGCUCGACAGAAGAAGCCGCGCACAUUGGGAACAACGAAUCGCGAAGGUAUGUUUUGCCAAAGAGACGCACGGCCGUCGUCGAAGUGUUGCGGCCAAGAUUUUUCGUUCUACAAGAGAGAAAAGAACAAGUAGACUUUCGCGGGCACGGGCUCUUUCGCGCCGGCAUCACCGCACCGUCUGAGAACCGAAAAUAUGGAAUGCACUUUGUGAAAGUUUCACUGGAAAGAAAUGGUCUUGCAGUCACAGCGAAAAUUGUCUAGACGCGAGAAAUUAACUCAGAUGAAUAAAUCACUAGCAGACAUUGCAACAUCGUAUAUUUUAUAUUUAAUCAAUGUAGAUGACAGAGACAGAAUUUCUAUUUAAACUAUUUAUGGAAUUUUAAUAAGAAAGUCUCUCUGGGGUGCCCAUCUAAAUGGCCUUAGAGUUAGGCUUCUUAUAAAAAUUGACUGUAGCAAACAUACAAGACUAGCGACGAGAGACAGACGAAUGUGUAAUCCUCACAAUCACCUAAAUUUGCUUGGCAGAUAUUGCUAGAAUGUUACCGCCCUAAAUUCUACGUACUACAGACCAUUUUCCAGCAAAUACAAAAAAUAGAUAUGAUAAAUUUUAAUAUGUCACGUUCUACCUGGAUCAGCAAAACGUUUUUUUCAGUGUUCAAGCCGGACUUUCCUCGGGGGAAAAUAUUGGAGAAAGAGUCGUUUUGCUCUCUUCUCUCUCCUCUCUUUCUCUUUCUUUCUUUCUUUCUUUCUCUCUAUUUCUUUAUAUAUAUAUAUAUAUAUAUAU